UGGUAAUUUAGUGGAAUGUGAAAAAAUCUGAAUUGGCAAUUAUGCAUAGACAAUACAGCAGGGUCGUUACCAGUAGUCAAGCCAGUGCAGGCCAGUAUGAGCCUGGGGGAUAUGCCACCCAGGUGCAGCAUCGACAGAACAUGACGCAACGCGAAGAUGUUCUCAAAUUUGAACAGGGUCGCAUCAAGGCCCUGCAGGAAGAGCGACUCCACAUACAAAAGAAAACUUUUACAAAAUGGAUGAAUUCCUUCUUGCAAAAGGCCCGCAUGGAAGUGGAGGAUCUGUUCACAGACCUGGCUGAUGGUAGAAAAUUAUUAAAGUUAUUAGAAAUUAUAUCUGGUGAAAAACUUGCAAAACCUAAUACGGGUCGUAUGCGUGUACAUAAAAUAGAAAAUGUGAACAAAAGUUUAGCAUUUUUACACACAAAGGUACGCUUAGAAAGUAUAGGUGCUGAGGACAUAGUCGACGGAAAUCCUCGACUUAUAUUAGGUUUAAUAUGGACUAUAAUUUUGAGAUUUCAAAUACAAGAAAUCGAAAUUGAUGUGGACGAAGAAAAUGAAAGUAGUGAGAAAAAAUCUGCAAAGGAUGCAUUGCUAUUAUGGUGCCAAAGGAAGACAAAUGGAUACCCGGGCGUUCACAUCCAAGAUUUUACCACCUCCUGGAGAUCCGGUCUCGGAUUUAAUGCUCUUAUCCAUUCACACAGACCUGAUCUAUUCCCUUGGAGUUCUUUACAGCCCGGUAAAAAUAUUGAAAAUUUAAAUCAUGCCUUCGAAGUUGCCCAUUCAGAACUUGGCAUUCCGCGAUUGCUUGAUGCCGAAGAUGUCGAUACAGCGCGGCCAGAUGAGAAAAGUGUCAUUACUUAUGUGGCUUCUUACUAUCAUACUUUCGCCAGGAUGAAAAAUGAAAUGAAGAGCGGUCGGAGAAUUGCUAAUAUUAUUGGUCAAAUGGUCGAUGCUGAUAAGAGAAAGGUGCAGUAUGAACGAUUAACAAGUAAACUUUUAGAAUGGAUUUUGUUGAAAGUACGAGUUUUGGAAGACCGGCAAUUUCCAAAUUCACUAGAAGGGAUACAGAAAGAGUUACUAAAUUUUAAGCAGUAUAGAACUGUUGAAAAACCACCAAAGUACAUCGAACGCAGUGAAAUCGAAGCUCUGUAUUUCCACAUCAACACAUUACUGAAAUCUUUAAAUCAACCACUUUAUACGCCACAAGAUGGACAACUUAUUCAAGAUAUAGAAAAAGCUUGGGAAGGAUUAGAAAGAGCUGAACAUAAUCGUGAGGUUGCGCUCAGGGAAGAACUUUUAAGACAGGAGCGACUAGAACAGCUAAAUUAUAAAUUUGAAAGAAAGAGCGUUUUAAGAGAAGGUUAUUUGAAAGAAAUGAUUCACGUUCUUUCCGAUCCAAGAUAUGGUUCAAACGUUGCGCAAGUGGAUGCAACAGUUAAAAAACAUGAAGCGAUAUCUGCAGACAUUUUUGCAAGAGCGGAGAGAUUUAAUGAUUUAACGAAUAUGGCAGAUGAAUUGUAUCACGAAAAUUAUCAUGGCAGAGAUAGAGUCAAACUACGUGAGAACGAAGUUUUAGAAAAAUGGAAGCAAUUGUUGUUACUUUUAGAAAAGCAUAAAACAAACUUAACUCUCUCGAGCAACCUUAUGGUCAUGCUCAGAGAAAUUGAUACUACGAUGAUGACAAUUCAAGAUUUAGAGUCGACAUUCAAGUCAGAAGAUGUCGGCCCUCAUCUAUUAGGAGUAGAGGAAUUACUGCAACAACACUCUUUGCAAGAAUUGCAGGUCGGCGCGUUGGGAGAAACGCAGCGAAGAUUGGGCAGACAAUGCCAACAGUACCUAAAUAAUGGACAUAAAGAAGCAGCACUUUUAGCCCAAAGUUUAGAAAAAUUAAACAAGGCAUAUGCAGAUUUGUUAGAGCAUAGCAAGAAGCGUCGGACACGCUUGGAAGAUGCAAGAAAUUUGUUUCAUUUUCUGCAAGACCACGAAGAUGAAGAGCGGUGGGUGGUGGAACGCCAAAGAAUUUGUAAAGCCGGUAUCACAGCCAAAGAUCUACGUGCCGUAUUUAGUCUUCAACAAAAACAUAAAGCUUUGCAGGAUGAAAUGAAGGCAAGGAAACAUAAAUCAGAACAAUUAUGCAAUGCUGGGCGGAAAUUGCAGGCGGAUAAACAUCCUCGAAGUACCGAGAUUCAACAACGUGCGGAAAGUCUUUUAGCCCACUGGAAACUUCUACAUGAACUUGUGGACUUGCGUAAAAAGCAAUUAGAUGAUGCUGCAGAAGCUUAUCAAUUCUACACCGAUGCAAAUGAAGCUGAAUCAUGGCUAAACGAAAAAAUGGCAUUAGUUACUUCAACUGAUUAUGGUACAGACGAGCCAUCUGCGCAAGCUUUAUUGCAGAGACAUCGCGACUUGCAAGGAGAAUUAAAUGCUUACUCCGGUGAUAUUCAUAGCUUGAAUAUUCAAGCUGAUAAACUUGUGAAAUCUGGAAUCAAUAAUUUAGAGUUAUCUAACGAACACCAGCCCAUUCCGGAGGAAUAUGAGCAAGAAGAAUGGGUUAACGAAACUCGUUUGGUGCCUACUGAAGUUUGGGAAGAUGAACCUGUGGAACGAUUUGAACACAUCACGGUGAUGGAAGAGAGGUCUUUACCUCAAGUUAAAUCUAACUACGCUUACUCUGGUCAAGGAAUGAAUAUUAGCAAAGGCGAAGUAAUGAUCCUUUUAAAUAAAACAAAUGAAGACUGGUGGUCUGUUCGUAAGAUGGACGGAACAGAUGGUUUUGUACCAGCUAAUCACGUUAGAGAGAUCGAACCGCGAGUUAUUCCCGUUCAAGUGCGGCGACCACAAAAGGUUAAAACAGUCCAGAAAGUCAAGAAAACGAUUUUAGUUAAGAAAGUAGUACCUGUGAAAAGAGUAAAAUCCAUUAAAGCACAACCAAAGACAGCAGUUGUUAAACAAUUGCAAGAUGAUAAUAAUAAGAACGUCGAAAACCGCCAGAAAAGAAUUAAUGAAACAUAUAAUCAAUUGCAAGAAUUAGCUCAACGUCGUCAUGCCUUGUUGGAGGAUUCGAUCUGCCUCUACGGUUUCUUCAGAGAGUGCGACGAUUUUGAGAAAUGGAUUCACGAUAAAGAGAAAUUAUUGAAAGCAGAAGAUAAGCAUUCUAAUGUUGAUACUGCCAAGAGGAAGUAUGAAAAAUUCUUGACGGAUUUAUCAGCUAGUAGUAAGAGAAUAGAUUCCAUCAAUGCUGCAGUAGAUGAGUUUACACGCCAAGGCCAUUCACAAAUGGAAAAAAUAAAGGCACGUCAGCGACAAAUUAAUCAAUUGUGGGACAAUCUUAAUUGGUUAAAAUCGCAAACAGAAAAGAAUUUGGAAGGUGCAUCAAGUGUGGAGCUGUUCCAUCGUACUUGUGAUGAAGCAUCUGAUUGGAUGAAUGAGAAGAUGACACAAUUAGAUACAGCUGAAUUAGGACCUGAUUUGAAAACAGUUCAAGCUUUACAGAGACGACACAAAAAUUUAGAACGGGAAUUGGCUCCAGUCGAAGAAAAAGUUAAUAGAGUGAAUCUACUUGCUAAUUCUGUGAAAUCUUCUUAUCCAAAUGAGAAAAAUAACGUCGAUUCUCGGCAAAAAGAGAUUUUACGCAUGUGGAACCAAGUGAAAGAAAAAGCUAUAGAACGUAGAUCACGUCUUGAAAACGCUGUAGGACAACAAAUUUUCAUGAACAGUGCCAAGAAUUUACAAGAUUGGGUAGCUUUAGUUAAAGAUCAAAUGAAAAUGGAUGAAACAGUCAGAGAUGUUAUGACAGCUGAAAAUGUUCAGAAACAACACAUGGAACUCGGUGACGAUAUUAAAGCGCACACUGAUGAAUUCAAAGAAAUUAUUUCAUUGGGUAAAAAAUUAAUUCAUAAUAAUCCAAAUAUUCCUGAAGUGGCUGGAAUUAUUAAACAACUUGAAGCUGAUGAAAAAGACAUAAAAUAUUUAUGGGACCGAAAGGCUGCAUGGCUAAAACAAUGUCUCGAGUUACAAUUAUUGAAUAGGGAAGCAGAUCAGAUAGAUGCAUCCACAUCUGGCCAUGAGGCAUAUUUAGAGUUAAAUGACCUUGGGAAUUCUAUUGAUGACGUCGAAGCUUUAUUAAAACGCCAUAUGGACUUUGAAAGCACCUUAAGCGCACAAGAUGAGCGUCUGAGAGCUUUCGGUGAGCUUGCAGACAAAUUGGUUAACGAGAAUCAUUAUGAUAAAAACUAUAUUAAGGAUAGAAAGCGUCAGGUUCUUGAUCGCCGCCAGGCAGUGAAAAAUCUGGCACAAGCUCGGUACAAUGCUUUGCUUGCAUCUAAAAAUUAUCAAGUAUUUUCAGCAGAAGUUGAAGAUUUCAAUAAUUGGUGCACUGAAAAAAUGAAGACUGCUACAGAUGAUAGUUAUAAAGAUCUUAGCAAUUUAGAACGUAAAUUACAGAAGCAUGAAGCUUUUGAAAGAGAGUUGAGAGCCAAUGAAGGACAACUUCGAAAUGUGAAUAAGACUGGGCAGUCUUUGAUAUCACAGAAUAAUCGAGGAGAUGAAAUUGCUCAAAUAUUAAAUGAAUUAAACAGGAAGUGGGAGGCUUUAGUUGGUCUUUCAAGAGACAAAGGCCAUAGGCUUAGACAAGCUGCUAAUCAGCAUGGAUUUAAUAAAAGUAUGGAAGAUACACAGCUAAAAUUAGUAGAAAUUGAGAAUGGAUUACAAAGUGAUCGCGUUGGUUCUGAUUUACGUAGCUGUAAAGACCUUAUAAAAAAACAUCAGGCUCUUGAGUCAGACGUAUCAUUAUUAGAACUAAAAAUUUUGGAAUUAGUAUCAUUAGCCAAAGAAAUGGCUCAUGAAGGACAUUUUGAUGCAGACAAUAUAGUGAAAGAAGCUUUACAGAGACAAAAGGAGUUUAAUAACUUACAAGAACCAGCAAAGAAACGCCAGGAAGCAUUACAAGAAAGUUUCAAAUUCCACAAGUACAGUUUUGAACUUGAGGCAGAAAUGCAGUGGAUUAGAGAUCAUUUGCCACAAGCAUCAUCUGAAACGAUUGGACAAAAUUUGCAUCAAGCACAAUCUCUCCAAAAGAAGCAUCGUAAAUUAGAAGCUGAAAUUCAGGGUCAUCAAACAAUGAUUGAUAAAACAUUAGCUACUGGCAAGGCUCUGAUUGAACAAAAACAUCCAGAAAAGGAAAAGGUAUCUGCAUUAUGUACAAUGCUGGAAGAAGCAUGGAAAGAUUUGGAACAAAAGGCUGCUGCAAGGGCUGUUAAAUUAGAUUUAUCACUGAAAGCACAGCAAUAUUUCUCUGAAGCAAGUGAAAUUGAGAGUUGGCUCUCUGAGAAGAAUAAUGUACUCAGUUCUACAGACUAUGGAAGAGACAGAGAUGCUGCUACUAAAUUAUUAACAAAGCACAAAGCUAUAGAAUUAGAACUUGAUACAUAUUCAGGAAUAGUAAGUGAGAUGGGUCAUGGUGUCUUAGCUAUGGUAGCUGCAAAACAUCCAGAUUCGAAAACAAUUCAGUCCAAACAACAGUUCUUGGAACAGCAACUUAAAAUGUUACAACGACUUUCUGUUCAAAGACAACAGAGGUUAAUGGAAAGCAUGUAUAGGCAUGAAUACUUUUUGGAAUCAGCAGAUUUGGAACAAUGGAUUAAGGAGCAUGUUCAAACUGCAUCAUCUGAAGAUUAUGGUCAAGAUUAUGAGCAUUUAUUGGUCUUGCAAGCCAAAUUUAAUGACUUGAAACAUCGCAUUGAGACUGGAUCGAAACGAUUCAAGCAAUGUGAGGAAUUAGCAAAGAAAUUAAUUGCUAAUGAAAGUCCUUAUCUGCACGAAAUAGAAAAACGUCAAGAACAUCUGCAAAAUUCUUGGCAACAAUUACUGAGAUUAUUGCAACAUCGUGAACAAAGAUUACAUGCAGCAGGUGAAAUUCAUUUAUUUAAUCGCGAUGUAGCAGAAGCUCUAUCUCGUAUCCAAGAUAAAGAUGCUGCCUUAUCAGAUGAUCUGGGUAGAGAUUUGAAUUCAGUUCUUGCAUUAAUUCGUAAACACGAAGGAUUUGAAAAUGAUUUGGUUGCUUUGGAAGCACAGCUACAGGUACUAGUGGAAGAUGCUGCUAGGCUUAAUGCAUUAUAUCCAGGAAACAACGCAACCCAAAUUUCACAACAACAGGAUAUAGUAAUAUCAAAUUGGGAAGCUUUGAAAGAACGUUCUGCCCAGCGAAGAGACCAACUACAGGCCAGCUGUGAUCUUCAGAGAUUUUUGACACAGGUCAGAGAUUUGACAAACUGGGCAUCAGGACUACGGGCUGCUUUAUUGGCUGAAGAAAAAGUUAGAGACGCUGCUGGCGCGCAAAGUCUUAAAGGAGAACAUGAUGCUAUUAAAGGCGAAAUUGAAACACGAGAGGAAAGCUUUAGAAAUGUCGUUGAUUUAGGAGAGGCUAUGGUUCAAACCGGACAUUACGCAGCUGCUGAGGUUGAUGAAAAAUGCAGUGCGUUGCUUGAUGAACGCCAAAAGCUCCACACCGCCUGGCAGCAUAAGAAGGUACAUUUGGACCAGUUAAUCGACUUGCACUUCUUUCUUCGUGAUGCCAAGCAGAUUGAUAACUUAUCAAGUGCCCAAGAAGCAGCAUUGGUCAGUUCUGAUUUUGGCCAGUCUGUAGAAGUUGUAGAUGCACAAGUUAAGAAACAUGAUGCAUUUGAAAAAUUAAUAAAUACGCAAGAAGAAAAAGUAGCCGCUUUGCAAGAGCAUGGGUCUAAACUUGUGGAGCAAAACCAUUUUGACAGCGAACGAAUUGGAAGGAGAAUGAAUGAGGUUCUUAAUAGAAGAAAGAAAGUUAAAGAACUCUGUAUUGUAAGAAGACAAAAAUUAGAAGAUGCUUUACUGUAUGCUCGAUUUGUCAGAGACUGUGAGGAAGCUGAGUCAUGGAUAAAUGAAAAACAGAAGAAAUUAGAAUCUGACGCUGACAAAGGUGAUGUGACCACAUUAGAGGAUAAGAUCAAAAAAUUGCAAAAACAUCAAGCAUUCCAAGCAGAAGUGAGCGCAAAUGAAGGAAGAAUUCAAGAAAUAGAACAUAAAGCCAAGACAUUAAUAGCGAAAAAACACAAGAGUUCUCCGGAAAUAAAACAGAUGAUGGACAAUUUAAUGAAAGCCUGGAAGCAAUUAUUGCAUGAACUUGCAAAACGAGGCCGCGGUUUAGAAGAAGCUCAGGACAUUCUCGAGUUUAACAACCAACUAGAGAAAAUUGAAGCUUGGAUUAGAGAUAAAGAAAUGAUGGUUCAAGCUAACGAUACUGGUCGCGAUUACGAACAUUGCAUGGCUUUACAAAGAAAAUUGGAUGAUGUUGAUUCAGACAUGAGAGUUGAUGAUGCAAGAAUAAAGGCACUAAAUGCUUUGUCAGAAAAACUCAUCAAGCAAGGACCAUCAGAAUUAAAAGCUGUGCAACAAAGACGUGAUACAUUUAACAACAAAUGGAAAGCACUGCAAGGGGCACUUUCAAAUUAUCGCAAUCAGUUAUCAGGAGCUUUGGAGAUCCACUUAUUCAAUAGAGAUAUUGAUGAUACUUUACAACGCGUUACAGAAAAAGCGGCUACAAUGAAAACUGAUGAUACGGGCCGUGAUUUAUACACCGUCGAGUACUUACAACGGAAACAAGAAGCUUUAGAACGCGAUAUGACUGUUAUUGAGGAAAAACUUAAGGAUCACGGCAAAGAAUCCAUUUCUCUAUCUAAAAAAUAUCCUCAUAAGAAAGAUGAUAUUAAUGAAAAACUUCAAGAAUUGAAAAAUCAUUGGCAAGAUUUGCAACAGCUAAUUAACCAAAGAAGAGAAAAACUGAAGAAUGCAUAUAUUUUACAGAAGUUUAUGUCAGAUUUGCGAGAAUUGGAAGCGUGGGUUACAGAUGCUGUAAAGAAAAUGAAUGCUGGGGAUUUACCAACAACUAUAGUAGAAGCAGAAGCCCAACUGGAAUUACAUCAAGAACGGAGGGCUGAAAUAGCUGGCCGAGAAGAUACUUUCAAAGCUUUGAAAGAGUUUGGCUCUAAUUUAUCUACUAAGGGUAAUCCAGAUAUCAAUGACUCUUUAAUUAAAUUAGAUAAUUUACAUAAGACAUUGUAUGAUGCUUGGGAGAACCGCAAGCAAAGAAUCACUCAAGCACAUCAACUUCAAUUGUUCAAGGAACAAGCAAAUCAAAUAGAAACUUGGUUAGCUACAAAGGAAGCGUUCUUAAACAAUGAUGACUUAGGGGAGACUUUCAGCGCAGUAGAGCUAUUAAUACGUAAACAUGAGAACUUUGAAAAAAUGUUAAUGUCUCAAUUAAAUCGCAUAGAUGAACUAGAUCGUUUUGCAAAAGACAUCUUAUCGGAGGAACAUUAUGAUAGCAAUGUUAUUUUGCAAAGACUUAAUGCAGUCAAAACUAGAAGAGACAAAUUAAUUGAUUCAUCAGCACUUCGCAAAAAACAACUGGAGCAAUCACAACAGCUUCAACAAUUUAUGAGAAACUUAUAUGAAGUUGAUGCAUGGCUUCAUCAGAAGAUUCAAAUUGUCAAUGAUGAAAAUUAUAGAGAUCCUAGUAACUUACAAAGUAAGAUUCAGAAACAUGCAGCUUUUGAUUCUGAACUUUCAGCAAAUAAAGGAAGGGUUAUAGCUAUAACCGAAGAAGGCCAAAAAUUAAUAGAUGUGAAGCAUUACGCCUCAGAUGAAAUACAAGAACAAUUAGGACUUUUAAAAGCUAAAUGGGAUAAAUUAUUAGACAUCACAAAAGUAAAGAAAACUCGACUUGAAGAAGCAUAUCAGGCUUUACUUUUUGGCAGAAUGUUGGACGAGUUUUGUCUAUGGAUGGAUGAAGUUGAAACACACUUGCAAUCAGAAGACCAUGGCAAAGAUUUAAUAUCUGUUAACAAUUUAUUGAGAAAACACUUGGUUCUUGAAAACGAUGUCCAACAACAUGCUGACAAUUGUGAAAGCAUUAAAACUAUGGAUAGUCAAUUUUUAGAAAACGAUCAUUUUAUGAAAGACGAAAUUCAUGAACGUGCUAUGAACGCCAUUAAGAGGUACUAUUCUCUACAGGAACCUAUGCAAAUCCGUCGUGAUAAUCUGGAAGAUGCUCUACUCCUUCAGCAAUUCCUUAGAGACACUGAAGACGAGUUGCAAUGGCUCGAUGAUAAACGCCCACAGGCGGAGUCUACAGAUUUAGGUUCAAGUCUAACAGCUGUGCAAAGUUUGCAAAAGAAACAUCAAUUGUUGGAAUCAGAACUUCUGUCUAGAGAACCAAUUGUCUCAAAUCUGAAUAUUCGAGCACAACAAAUGAUGAGGAGUUGUCAUUAUGCAGCAGAAAAGAUUGAAGAGAAAAGUAAUUCUCUGAAUAAAAAACUAUCUCAUUUAAGAGAUUUGGCUGGUGUCAGAAGACUAAGAUUACUUGAUGCAGUGGAGAGCCAAAUGUUUUAUGCUGAAGUCAGUGAAGCAGAUGCUUGGAUUAGAGAAAAAUAUCCUCUCCUUGUUUCCAAUGAUUAUGGAAAAGAUGAAGAUUCUGUACUAUCAUUGCAGAAAAAAUUAGAAAGUCUUAAAUUAGAAUUAAAAUCAUUUGAGUCUUCUAUUGAAAAGUUGACUAAGUUAGCCCAAGGUUUAAUAGAUCGUGGCCAUUUUGAUAAAGAGAAUAUAAAAAUUAGACAAGCUGAUAUUGAAAAACAAUUUGACAAUUUGAAAAGCUUGAGUUUACAAAGGGAAAAACGGCUUGCUGAGAGCAAGAAAUUCUUCCACUUUAUUCAAAUGGUAGAAGAGGUUCAGGAGUGGAUAAAUGAUCAGAUAUCAAUUGCAGAUUCUGAAGAUUAUGGAACUGAUGUUGAACAUGUGGAAUUGCUCAUAAAGACUUUUGAUACUUUUGUAGCAGGAUUAAUAGCUAGUGAAAGCAGAAUUAUAAAUUGUACAGACACAGGAAAGAAAUUGAUUAAAGAAGGAAAUCCAUGUGCUGAUACUAUUCGAGAUAAAAUUGAUGAAACAAAACAAUUGUGGGAUGACUUAAAAGAAUUAGCUCAUGUUCGGCAAGAGGCAUUGGCUGGUGCUAAACUUGUUCAUGUGUUUGACCGCAAUGCUGAUGAAACUAUUUCCUGGAUAGCUGAAAAAGAAUCGAACAUAGCAACUGACAAUAACUAUCAAGAUUUAGAAGGCAUACAAUCACUAGCAAGACAACAUCAAGGUUUUGAAUCUGACUUGGCUGCUGUGAAAGCACGAGUGGACUCCAUAAUAUUAGAAGCUGAAAGAUUAGCUGAAGUAUUUCCUGAUGCUAAAGAGCACAUUGAUGUGAAGCGCGAAGCUACCAUGGAAGCUUGGACAGACUUACUAGAAAAGGCUGAACAGAAAAAGGAUAAAUUGGCUCAAGCAGAACAGCUACAAGUGUACUUUGAUGAAUAUAGAGUUUUGAUGGCAUGGGUGAAUGAGAUGAUGGCCAAAAUCACAUCAGCUGAACUUGCAAGAGAUGUUCAUGAGGCUGAGAUGACUCUAACAAGACAUAAUGAAUAUAAAACUGAAAUAGAUUCGAGGCAUGAAGCUUUUGUUAAAUUUUACCAAGCUGGACGCAAACUGAUUGACGAUAGACAUUUUCAAUCUGAAGAUAUUCAUGAAAAAAUUGCUAUCCUUGAACAAAGGAAGAAAUUACUGGAAGAUACAUGGGAAAAAAGGAGAGUGAUAUAUGAACAAAAUUUGGAUACACAGAUGUUCAAGAGAGAUGCAGAUUUACUUGAAAAUUGGCUUCAAUCUCGUGAAUCGCAAUUGCGUGACGAUAAAUUGGGUGACACAAUACAACAAGUGGAAGAUUUAAUUAGAAAGCAUGAAGAUUUCCAGAAAACAAUUGAAGCCCAAGAGGAUAAAUUUAGUGCUUUGAAUAGAAUAACAAUGAUUGAACGAGCAUUCCAAAAACAAUUGGAGCAGGAACAGUUGGCUCGUCAAGCAGAACGUGAGCGAGUGGAACGUGAAAGAGUUGAUGCAAGAAAACGAAAGGAAGUGCAACGAAUUACAGAUGAGAGAAGGCGAGAAGAAGAUCGCAGGCGUAUUGUGCCAGAUAGACCACAGAGAGAUGAUAUCAUAAAUGGAUCAUCCAGACAUUUGAUGUCGGAGAAUGAUAAUCCAGCAAUAACUUCAAAUAAGGAUGAUAAAUCUUUACCUUUCAACAAUGGUCAAGAUAUUCCAGCUCAUAAGCCUAAUUCAAUAACUAGUAUGCUUGUGAAUAAGCAGAAGAGGGAUGAUCCUAAUGUAAAGCGUGCUGAAAGUAUGAAAGUAGGCGGAAUCAGAGUUCCCAAGAGAACUCCAUCAUUUACUACUCGAAGAAGAACUCAGAGUUUCAGAAAACUUCAUAAAAUGGAACAGCAGAGCGAUUUACCUCCUGUUGAGAUUCAAGGAUAUAUUGAACGGAAGCAUGAAUUGCAAAGUGGUCGUAAGAAGGCAGCGGUCAGGUCUUGGAAACCAUAUUAUGCAGUAUUAUGUGGACAAUUAUUAUGUUUCUUCAAAGAUGACAAUGACUUUGCCGAGAGUAAGGCGGCCACUUCACCGAUUGUUAUAUUGCAUGCCAAAUGCGAGCAAGCUGAAGAUUACACAAAGAAGAAGCAUGUUUUCAGGUUAACAUGUUCAGAUGGUUCUGAAUUCUUAUUUUUGACACAGUCUGAGAAAAAUAUGCAAGACUGGAUAAAUAAAAUCACAUUCCACGCUAACUUGCCGCCGAAUCUUCAACUUCUGAGUUAUGAUGAGUCACAAAAAGAUACAUCAUUAGCAGCUCAAGCUAUAAAAGCUUCAGCAAAUAACAGUAUGGAAGCUGAUACAGCAGAGUUAAGUUCAAACUCUUCCAGAUCAUCUUCACCACAAUCCCAAAGGCAUUUGUCUAAUCCUCCUAGUCCUUCAAAAACCCCUUCUUCACAGACUCACUUGUUACAACUUCAUAUGCAAAAUCGAAGAGACCAGGUUCAUCCAGAAGUUGUACAACGUCCCAAAGAAGCUUAUAGUAGCAGUCAAGAAGUGCCUUACAGGCAUUCUCAGAAUUAUGGUGAUAAUUCAGUACCACCCCAGUAUUCAAAUACUGUCACUGUCAGCGUUAGACCACCACCUCCACCUGUGCCAAUUAGAACAUCAACAAACCCUGAUUAUCAUCGGAAUACAAUUUCUCAUGAUGUAGAAAUGGAUGCAGGGCAUAGGUCUCAACCAAACAGCCUUUCAGCAAAUGGAUCACAUGCUAAUGACAGUCUGCGAAGGCAUACUGGUGAAUAUGCAUACACUUCAGGUUGGGGGCCUAGUCGUUUAGAUGGAGGUCGUGCGACUUCGUUGCAUUUGUCUGACACAAGAGAAACUUCAGAUACACCAAAUGGUAGUGACAAUACCACACCAAAUGCCAUAAAAAAUAAUAGAAGGAAUGGCAUGUUCAAUUUUCUUCGUCCUAAUAAAUACAGGCGCCAAUCUAACACAUAAUGAAUCACCAAGGUAAUGGAAGAAUUAGCAUGCCAAAUAAAACUCCAUUAAUAAAGUGGUAUGUAUAUGUUAAAGAAUUUAAUUUAAGAAUAUAUUUCAAAGUAUUACCAAAAUUGUACCAGAAGUUUACUUACAUAACUUGAGUGGGAAACUUAUUCCAAAAAGAUGUAUUUACGUUUGCAUAUAGUAGAAUAAGAUUUAAUAUGUAAUAUUACAUGGAACUUAAUUUUUAAUUGUAUAUCAAUCUUUAGUAUAAGCAAGACUACGAGGACGUAUUUUAAUGUAUAUUAAAAAUGAUGUGUAUAAUCAUUAUUUCUAUUUAAUUUAAAAGAGUAUAUAUUGAAAUAUCUAUAUUAAACAAAUAUUAUAAAAAUAAUCAUAUAUAAAUUAUAACAGCAUUCUAUUUUAUUCCAAUGGCAUGAGCAUUCAGGACGUAAAGUGAUUAACAGGUUUCGAUCAAAAUAGAAUUCUAUAGUUUUUGUUCUAAAAGAAACGAAAUUUUAAAAAAAUUAUGUUAUUCGGAGGUUUUUAUUACAGCUAUUAAAUUUUUUUAACUUUAGCCGUUAUGUAAUUUAGAAAUAUAAGAAUAUUUUAAAUAUUCAUAAAUUAUAUCAAAUGAUUUAUUUUAAAUGUUGAUUUAAAAAGUAUUGGAUAUGUAAAUGUGACUAUUUGUUUGACUUAUAAUAUAUAUACAUAAAAUUA